AUUCACCAUUUGCCUUCAACAAAUUGUAUCAAUACUUUGCUUUUAAUUGCUUACAGUGGUAAUAGCAACCGGGACUACUGCACCUAUGAGCAUUGCUCUUCAAGAGGAAUCUGUCCUGAGAAGGUUGUCUUUCAGGCAACCAUGAGCCGCCACCAUGCCUCCAAGAAGAAGAGGACGACCAUCAAAGAACACAUCCAAUCUGAACGAUGACGAAAAUAAAUUCCCGGGACUUGCGGGUCCAAGUGCAUCCCCAGCAAGUUCUUCCAAAAAGAGAGCCUCUGCAAGAAAAGGCAAAGGCAAAGUCAACCCAAGCCAAACGGCUGUUCCGGAUGUCUACCGGGAAAUGCUUGCUGAUCUCCCGAUACAACCGGACGUUCCCGAAAGACCCCUAAAGAGGCGAAGGACUGGCAAACGAAACUUCAACUCAACAUUAGCGAGCUCACCUACAGACCCUGACCCGGUGACACAAGAGCCGGAUGAUGAGGAAGAAUUGGAAUUUGAGGAUGUACUUGCUCCUCAAGCCGAAGAGUCUUCGGAUGAGGAUGAAUUUACGCUACCACGAAAGCUACAGCAGACUGCUUACCGGGAUACUGAUGAAUCUGAGGACGAGGACUUCGAUUGGGAAGGCAUAGGUUUUGAUGCCAAGCCAGAAGUUGAAGAGAGCGGAGACUUAGAAUUGACACUUGUGAAGAAGCCUGAACCGAGUCCGAAAACACCAAUUCAGAGAAGGAGAGCGGUCUCAAAAGAAGAGAGAGUGGCUCGUCUAGAAAUCCACAAGAUGCAUGUACUAUGUUUGCUCUCGUAUCUUGACAAAAGGAACGAAUGGAUCAAUGAUUCAGAUACCAAGGAGAUUCUUGGGACGUUGCUGGAUAAGAAGACCUUAGGUUCUCUGAGACCAAGGUCAGACUUGUCACAAUUCAGCCAGACCGAAUCUUUGAAAAGAGGUCUUGAUCAAGUCUGCAACAUGUGGAGAUCCAAAUUCCAGAUCACUGCAAGAGGCAUGAGAAGAGCACUUUGGGCUGAGGACGAUAAAGACCUCGAGAAUUACUCGCCUCCAGACGAUCUAGACAAUACAUUCGAAAAGUCAGACUUUCAAGAGGCUGCAAGGAAACUCAAGGGAUCCAGAGAUCUAGGAGCAUUACUCUUUUGUUCACUGCUCAGAAGUGCUGACGUUGAGACUCGACUUGUAUGCUCUCUUCAAGUACUAUCUUUCAAUACCGGCGGCCCUCCUAUGCAACGAGCUCCAAAGAAGAAGCCCAACCCAGCAACCCCAGAGAGCGAUAAGCCAACACCUGUUGAUAUCAAUGGGCCCAAUUCUCCCUCUGGCAACGCUCGCUCAGCAGCUGCCCCUGGCAUGUCGAUGAAUCCUCGAUCACGUCUUGGCCACCCACAUGCUGCUAAUUAUUUCAUGCCAGAAAUGAGUUCUCCGGCUCUCCUACCCAAACCGAAACCGAAACCCAUCCGUGAAUCUCCUUUCCCUGUAUUCUGGGUUGAAGUCUUCGAUGAAGCGCACCAGAAAUGGUUACCUGUUGAUCCUCUGGUGACAGAGUCAAUAGCAAAACCUAUGAGAUUCGAGCCACCGGCCAAUGAUCGCGAAAAUAGCAUGACAUAUGUGAUCGCUUUCGAGGAAGAAGGUUGUGCUCGAGAUGUGACCAGGAGAUAUACAAAGGCAUAUAACGCCAAGACGAGGAAGAACCGAGUCGAGAGUACACCCGGAGGAGAUAAGUGGUGGAGGCGAGCUAUGAGGCCGUAUCGUCGUGGAUAUACAAACGAUGCUGAUCAGAUAGAGGACACAGAAUUCGCAGCCGCAGAAGCACGAGAACCUAUGCCCAAAAACAUCCAGGACUUCAAAGAUCAUCCUUACUAUGCUCUUGAAAGACACCUCAGAAGGAACGAGGUCUUGAUCAGCACUCGAGAAGCAGGCAAAGUUGCAGCAGGCAGAGAUGCUAAUGCUCCUGGUGGGAAGAAGCUAGAGAGUAUUUACAGAAGGAAGGACGUCAAAAUUGCUAGGAGUGCGGAUGCAUGGUAUCGACUAGGAAGAGAUAUCAAAGUGGGAGAACAGCCUGUGAAGACUGUUGCUCCUAAGAAACGGGCUGAAGCGGACGAUAUGGAUGAUGAAGAUGAUCGAGCCGGAACCAACCUUUAUACAGAAGCACAAACAGAGCUAUGUGCUGUGCCACCUGUUGUGGAUGGCAUAAUCCCUAAGAACAGGUAUGGGAAUCUGGACGUUUACGUUCCUACUAUGGUACCUCAAGGAGGAGUGCAUAUACCUUAUGCUGAGGCACAGCGCGCUGCAAGAAUUGUGGGUGUCGACUACGCCGACGCAGUAACAGGAUUCGAAUUCCGAGGACGGCAUGGAACGGCUGUCAUCAAAGGAGUUGUCGUCGCUACCGAAUAUCAAGAAGCAGUUGAAGCGAUAAUCGCAGGUCUUCGCGACGAACUAGCUCGAGCUGAAGAAGCUAUGCGUGCAUCUGCUGUCGUGAAGAUGUGGAAACGGUUCCUGGUUGGUCUGAGGAUCAGACAGCGCAUCAGUGGUUAUGGUGGCGAUGAAGAUGAACCUGAUGCGGUCCAGGAGGAUGUUGGAGAAUCGGAAAGCGAUAUUAGCGAGUUCGUUGAUGAUGAAGAGGGAGGAGGGUUCAUUCCGGAAUGAGGCACACGAGUCACGGAUCGAGUACGAGACGAAACAUCUAAUGGCCCAGACUGAUAUAUGGCAAAGAAACGAUAUAAGGACCCGCCACGUUACUUGAUCUAGGGUCCUAAUAUCAGAACGUUUUGCAUACUCCAGAAUAAACGAACGGCCGAAUAUGAAAUGAAUUUUUCCCUGCAACUCUUCACGUGGCCGCCUGAUUCAUCAUUUCGUCACCUUCCAUUCCUCGAACAUCAAUCCUCAAAGUAAAAAGUUCACCUCUAAUCGCUCGCCAAAACCGCGCUAAAGCUCUCCACCAAUCACAGCCUCAAUCCUCUACAAUACUCUAUAAAGUUAAAUAAGCAGAUCUUUGCCAUCAUCCUCUGAGACAGCGGCCUCCAGGGUAUAGAUGCUUGCGACUAUCGUGCCUC